UGGCGGUGUGGGGGCGGGACCGUGCCUCUGUGAAGGAAAAGUCGAGGAAGCUGUCAUGGCGGCGAGUCUUCCUCUCAGGCUUUUGGGCCUGGGCGUCGCGGCCUUGUGCUUGGCCGCCUUGGCCGUCGAAGGGCAGAAGAAGAAGGAGAUGGUGCUUUCGGAAAAAGUGAGCCAGUUGAUGGAAUGGACGAGCAAAAGGUCUGUCAUUCGUCUCAAUGGGGACAAGUUCCGUCGUCUGGUGAAGGCACCUCCGAGAAACUACUCUGUGAUCAUCAUGUUCACGGCACUUCAGCCUCACCGACAGUGUGUUGUGUGCAAGCAAGCUGAUGAGGAAUACCAGAUUCUGGCCAACUCCUGGCGAUACUCAAGUGCAUUUACCAACAGGAUCUUCUUUGCCAUGGUUGAUUUCGAUGAAGGCUCCGAUGUCUUUCAGAUGCUGAACAUGAACUCUGCUCCGACGUUCAUUAACUUCCCAGCGAAAGGGAAGCCGAAAAGAGGAGACACGUAUGAGCUGCAGGUGCGAGGUUUCGCUGCAGAACAGCUGGCUCGCUGGGUAGCCGAUCGGACUGAUGUCCAUAUCCGAGUGAUAAGGCCUCCGAACUACGCUGGGCCCUUGAUGCUGGGCCUGCUGCUGGCAGUCAUUGGUGGUCUGGUGUACUUAAGGAGAAGCAACCUGGAUUUUCUGCAUAACAAGACUGGCUGGGCGUUAGCUGCUUUGUGCUUCGUUCUGGCAAUGACUUCGGGGCAAAUGUGGAACCACAUCCGAGGGCCACCCUAUGCGCAUAAGAAUCCUCACACAGGCCAAGUGAACUAUAUCCACGGAAGCAGCCAAGCUCAGUUUGUUGCUGAAACACACAUUGUUCUCUUGUUCAAUGCUGGUGUGACCCUGGGGAUAGUGCUCUUACACGAAGCGGCAACAUCCGACUUGGAAGUGGGGAAGAGAAAAAUAAUCUGUAUGGCUGGAAUUGGUCUGGUCGUGGUGUUCUUCAGCUGGCUGCUCUCCAUAUUUAGAUCAAAAUACCAUGGCUAUCCAUACAGCUUCCUCAUGAGUUAAGGGACAUUGGAGCUGUGCUCUUCCCUCAGCAUGGAACAGAAGCAUUCAGUAUGUGGAUCAUGCUACCUCUACUUGAAAUUAAUGAAAUUGUUGCACACGAAACCAAAGAUGUCUAGUGCCUUGAAGAAAGAAACAAUUUGCCCUGAAAGUCCUAGAGAGUAUGAAGAUGAGAGCAUUGCCAUCCUCAAUUGAUUUGGGGUCGUUUGUAAUCUCAGCUUUCUAUUGUUAGUUUUAAAAGAAGCCUCACCUUUCCUUUAAUUCUAAUGCCACAGCCCCAAGAGCCUUCUCAGGCUCCUGCCAGUGCCUCUGUGUUUCUCCAGAGAAAAAUCCUGAUUUCACUGCAAUCCUUUGCAGCUCUACAGAUUGCCAUGCAUUUCCACUUUCUCUGGUAUUGAGGAGGGAACUGUUGGAUGGGACUGUUUUCCCAGUGGCAGGGGGCUCAGAAACCUUGGAACAUCAUGCAACCCCUUUGGACUGUGGGCUUGAGGAGCAAGCCGUCUCAUACUCUGCAUUUCCAGAAGCCCCGGUGUCUGUUUUCCACCCAUCCGAUGCCCUCGUUGUUGGGUUGGGCACAUUCUAAUUGUUAAGGUUACAUUUGUGUGCAACAGGCUUCAGAGCAAGGCCGCUUUGGGGGAGAGGGGACACUCUUAGAGAGGAACUGGUGUACAAAAAGCCCACCUUCCACAUUUUUAUUUUAGCCAGCAAAGUUGAGUGGCUUUUCUUAAGCUCAUCUUUUCUCUCUCUUCAAAGAGUGGGACUAUCCUGGGAUGGGAGUGGUCAUUUCUCAUGCCAUGAGCUUGAGAAGAUUCUUUAAGAUUGUUACCCUGUUAUGGCCUGACUAUUACAAAGUAGCAGUAGAGCAGGCUGUCUCUCUUUGUGAUGGGCCUUGCUUGUGACUUCAUUUUGAAGAGCAUGCAGCCCUGACCAAUAGCUACUAGCUUUAGGAACAUGUCUGCCUCACAAGCAAGGUGACCCACUUUAAUCAUGCCAGUUCCCUUUUGUGGGGUAGGGGCUGAGUCCCCCGAUGCAAGUGAUGAACUGGCACUACUAAAGCUGUUUGCAUUGCAACCCUGUUCCAAGAGUUUCAAGCCUGCUGUUCUGAAUGACUGGUCUCCUGUGCCUUUGGGACCUGAGGGAAGGGUCCUUGCUGUUACACAUAUGAACAUCUUAUAUUCACAAUUGUGACUAGCAGGCUCCUCAGAGGUGAGCCAAGAGUGAGAUCCCAGUAUAUAUAUCCCCAAAUUGAGAUUGUAAAAGCUUUUUGUCUUCUGCUUUAGUUGCUUUUCCUACAAAUGAGAAUGAGGUGCCAUUGGAGGCAUUCCCCCUCCCCAGAAAAAGCAUUGCUUGGCUUUCAAACUCGUUAAGACAUGGUUCAGAACUGGAUUAUCAGGGAAUGCCAGCUGCCUGGCCACAUACUGCCUCCUUAAAUACAGGCCUUGCAUGGCUCAUGAGCGGGUCACAACUCCCACGAUCCCUCGCUAUUAUUGUUCUGCCCAGGGCUAAUGGGACUUGCAGUUCAGUGGUGCUGGAGCCCCAGGUUGCCUAAUCUGGAUACAGUGCAAGUGAACUCAACUGAUUCCCAUUGGGGGCGGGAAAGCCAUGGAAAUACUGUUUCAUUGAAGUUGAGGGGAGCGACUCCUGCUCUCUUUAGGUACACAGUCUGCUCUUAUACAGGUUUCCUCUAUGUAAUUGCAUUUCAAGUGCCUUACUUAACACUGCUAGUCUAUUUUUCUGGGAUUGGUUCCCCAUUUUUAAAAUGUUUAUUUUAUACGGCUCAGAGCAUCCCAUUAUAGUAGCAUGGAUACUGAAAUAACUACUGUGGAUUUUGACAAGUUUCAAUAAAUACUUUACAAACAUA